UAUUUUGAAUAGGUCUUCCAAAGUAAGUUACAUUUUUGGAACUACAGAAAUGGUUGGACCUCGCUACAAGUGGGAAUUUGGAGUCUCUCUGAAAUAUAUCCUGGAAUAAUUGUGUUUGACUGGAACCAAAUCUCACGAAGUCCCCAAGGAUGAGAGCCUGUGCUAAGUCAGUGCUGCUGUCGCACUGGCUCUUUCUGGCCUACGUGCUGAUGGUGUGCUGCAAACUGCUGUCCGCCUCGAGCCAGCACCUCCGGGGACACGCAGGCCACCACCAGAUCAAGCAAGGGACCUGUGAAGUGGUCGCCGUCCACAGGUGCUGCAAUAAGAACCGCAUAGAAGAGCGGUCACAGACGGUCAAGUGUUCCUGCUUCCCGGGACAGGUUGCUGGCACAACUCGAGCUCAGCCUUCCUGUGUUGAAGCUUCCAUCGUGAUACAGAAGUGGUGGUGUCACAUGAGUCCUUGUUUGGAAGGAGAGGAUUGUAAAGUGCUGCCAGAUUCCUCAGGUUGGUCCUGUAGCAGUGGCAAUAAAGUCAAAACGACAAAGGUAACACGGUAGCAAAGAGCAAGGUAUGCUUCAAAUCUGGAGGGGCAACAGCAGCAGAGCUCUUUUGCUUGGAUUAUCAUCUUGGCCUAUUUUGGGAAAUUGAAUUGGAUUUCAGCACUACCACCUUUAUUUAUAUAUGUG